ACUUGUACGUAAAGAAGGAGGAAGGUGUUGCCUCUCUCCAACAUGGCGGCGACCAUAGAUACCAGCAAUGCCGUUCAGGCUACAAAGAAAAAGCAUCUCGGGAUCCCCGAAGCUAUUUUUGUGGAGGAUGUGGACUCCUUUAUGAAAAAGCCUGGCAACGAGACGGCAGACUCUGCGCUGAGGAAGCUGGACGAGCAGCACCAGAAAUAUAAAUACAUGGAGCUCAACCUGUCCCAGAAGAAACUCAGGUUGAAAAGCCAGAUCCCACAAAUCUCACAGACGCUAGAAAUCCUGCGACACAUGCAGAAGAAAAAGGACACCAAAACUCCCAUGGACACGCACUUCCUAUUGGCCGACAAUGUUUACUGCAAGGCUUCAGUGCCGCCCACCGAUAAAGUGUGCCUAUGGUUAGGGGCUAACGUGAUGUUAGAGUACGACAUCGAUGAAGCCCAGGCUCUGCUGGAGAAGAACCUGUCCACGGCGUCUCGUAACUGCGAGACACUCGAGGACGAUCUGGACUUCCUGCGAGACCAGUUCACCACCACCGAAGUCAACAUGGCACGAGUUUACAACUGGGACGUGAAGAGAAGGAGCAAAGAAAACCUCCUCAAAUCUGCAGACAAGUCUUAAUACCGACAGCGUCCACAUCCCGUCUGCUAACUAUGUUCUACUCUCAUAAAUACGAAUAAAGACCCAGUCCCCUUCAAGUCAUGUGUAUGUUCACCCCUAUAGCUCUGUGGAGAAGAGGGCAUAUUUCAAAUAUAAAAGUUGUGUUUGAUUUAACUCAUUGAGAUUAAAUCACUCUUCAUUUGAAAUAUGCCCUCCGUUAAGUCAAGCUUCCACCACUACUGUUAUCAGUUGAUUUGUUACUUUUUAAAGUAUUUUUUUCAAGUAAAAAAUAACAAAAACAAAGGCAAUUUUUUGUAUUCUUUUUUUAUUGAUUUAAGUACUCCUAUCUUUGGCAGAUUUAUGUGUGAGGGUUUUCUUGCAUCGUUUUUCCCUCCCUCCUGAUUCAGACUUAUUGGAUGACAAAGUGGUUCAGUGUUCACUCCUCCGUCCUUUAACACUCUGCCAUCUCUUCCUCCUCCUCCUCUUCCUCCUCAGCCGCUGUUCUGUCUGUAUUUAUUUGUCUCACUGUAUUCACUAUACGCUGAAUGAAGUAAAAGAAGAACAUUUGGGCAACGAGAAAAUA